AGGCCCGGUUUCUUCACUCAAUAUUUCUUAUUGCUCUGCUCGCAAACUUUCUAGCGAAAAACUCUUUUUAAGUAAUUUCUUUGUUCGAUCCGAUCGUCUUGAAAGCCAGAUGGCGGAAGAGAACAAGGAGACCAUGAGGAGCGAGGGCGAGCAGGUGGAGGUGAGCGAUCGCGGGCUGUUUGAUUUCAUGGGGAAGAAGAAGGAGGAGGAGGAGAAGGCCCAGGAGGAGGUUCUCGUCACCGGGGUCGAGGGUUUGAAGGUCGAAGAGGCGAAGAAAGAAGAGGAGAAGAAGGAGAGAAUCGUCGAUAAGCUCCAUCGAUCUAACAGCUCCAGCUCCAGCUCCUCGAGCGAUGAAGAGGAGGUGGGACCAGACGGCGAGAAGAGAAAGAAGAAGAAGGGUCUGAAAGAGAAGCUCGAAGAAAAGCUAGGAGGAAAGAAGAAAGAAACCGAGGAGGAGAAGAUCGUGACCGAACAAGACGUCGAUGUCGCCCCCGGCGCCGCCGGGCCGCCAGCAGAAAACGUGCGUCGGGAGCAGACACGAGCGUCGUCGGUCGAGAAAAUCGAGACGGGGCCUGAACAGGAGAGAAGGCGUUUUCCUCGACAAAUCAAUGGAAGAAGCUGCCAGGUCAUCACAAAGAGAGCCGAGCAGCCGGGGAAGGAAUGGUCGGCUGUGGACACUGAAGUGGGGGAAGGGCAAGAUGGGAAGGAGAAGAAGGGCUUUUUGGGGAAGAUCAUGGGGAAGCUGCCGGGGUAUCAUAAGGAGGAGGGCGAGAAGACCGCUACGCCCCCCGGCCAGUGAAGUAAAGUGGAGGGAGAACGAAGUGACGUUUUAUCUGUGAGUGGGGUUUUUCAUUGCUGCUGUCGGUGUCUGAUGAUAGGUGGUUAAUUAGUCUUGUCUUGUUUUGCUGGUUUGUAGUUGGAUUAUGGGGAUUGGGUAAUGCCCUUGUGCAUCUUUUUUUUUUGUGUGGAUUUUCUUUAAUUAUUAUGUCUCUAGAGGGUGAGGUGAAUGGUAUUGAUCCAUAUGUUGUGCAUGCCUAUGAAUUAUAUGAUAUGGUUAUUUGGUGUUAUUAUCA